CGCCUGGGAACUAACACAAAGGUAAGGGUUAAAAGAAUGCCAGACCGUUUCUAGGAGGAUCUUUUGAACCGAUGCACCGCCAUCUGCUGGCGAAGUGUUUUCUGGCUGCUUCCAAAAGGGCCCGAGGGACAAUUACAAGUAAAAUCAGGAGAUUGUCCGUUCAAGAUUUGCAAUCUUGUCCCAGGCGGAGGACGCAGCCCCGCGGAGCCCCCGCUGUGUGGCGGCGGUCUUCUGGAGCGCCCUCUGGACGGAUCGAGACUCUUCCGUCCCGAGCGAGGGGUGGGGGUGGGGUGGGGGUGGGGGGACCCCGGGAAGGCUGCGGCUGGUUCGGGCUUUCGGCUCCUCCUCCAAGCCCGGCCUGCUGAGACGGCCCCGAGGAUCCCUCCAACAUGGAGCCUUUCGCGGCCCCGACUCCACUGAAGUGCUCCAUCCCCAAGGCCCGGGUGAUCGCCGUUCUGUUGUCUAUGGUCCUGUGCUCCGUCACGCUCUUCCUGCUGCAGCUCAAGUACCUGAAGCCCAGAAUCAAAGACUUCUAUUCCUUUGAGGUGAAGGACUCCCGGGGAAGGACCGUUUCUUUGGAGAAGUACCGAGGCAAAGCGUCGCUGAUUGUAAACGUGGCCACGAACUGCCAGCACACCGACAGAAACUACUUGGCGCUGCAGGAGCUGCACCGGGAGUUCGGCUCCUUCCACUUCAACGUCUUGGCUUUCCCGUGCAAUCAGUUCGGAGAAUCCGAGCCCGGCCUCAGCCACGAAAUAGAAGCCUUCGUCAAAGCCAACUACGGAGUGACUUUCCCCAUCUUCCACAAGAUCAAGAUUCUGGGCUCCGAAGGAGAGCCGGCGUUUAAAUUCCUCGUGGAUUCAUCAAAGAAGGAGCCAAGGUGGAAUUUUUGGAAAUAUCUUGUCAAUCCUGAGGGUAAAGUUGUGAAAUACUGGAGACCUGAGGAAUCUUUGGAAGCCAUCAGACCAGAUGUAGCAGCUUUGGUUAGACAAAUCAUCAUUAAGAAGAAAGAAGACCUUUGAAAAUGUCAUUAAGAGGCUCAGUGGAUUGAGUCACACCUAGAGAUGGGAGGUCCUAGGUUCAAAUUUGGCCUCAGACACUUCCCAGCUGGGUGACCCUGGGCAAGUCCCUUAACCCCCAUUGCCUAGCCCUUACCACCCUUCUGCCUUGGAACCAAUGCACAGUAUUGACUCCAAGAAGGAAGGUAAGGGUUUAAAAAAAAGAAAGAAAGAAAGAAAAUGUCAUUAAGCAUUGAGUAUCUAUCAACAAGAUCAUUGGAAUGUCUGUCACUUUGGUCACAUUUUAAUCAUUCCAACAAUUCUGGUAUCCAAUUCAAUGCUGUCCAUAGGAUGGUGUCUUUUAAAUAAAUCCGUAGGAUAUAAAUGUUCCUCCCUCUCCUUGCCCUCCCCUCCCCCAAAAAGAGAUUAUUCAGGCUGGAAAUAAAAUUAAAAUUAAAUAUAGCCAAGACCCCUAUCAAAAAGAAUGAAAAUUCAGAAUACUUUAUCAUUAAAGCUCACUACUGCCCAUUUCACAAACACGAACCUUUUUGGUGCUUGUAACUGAUGAAUAAUACCAACCACCCAGACCACUAUGUAAAGAUGAUUAAAUUUGAACAUCUGACUAAAAAAUUUUAUAAUCAGUAUUAGUAGGAAAAGGGUAAUGGAGGUGUUGUAACAAGGCAGAAAAUAAAUAUGCACUCAUGCAUAUUCAGAGUUGUAAAUAAAAUUUUUAUAUGUCUGA